CGCUAACAUAUGGUGUCUAUGGAUAUGGAUCUAUAAAUGCUUUAUUGGCAGCUAAGAAGCUGUAGUGACACGUAUCUUUAAAUAGCAGUCGAGUCGCCUUUAGGACUCCGCGCGCUACAAGCAUAUCCUAUAUACUUUCAUCUCAUUGGACACAUAAAGCUCGGUAAAUCGCAUUAUAUAGUAAACAAAAUGGUAUGGAGUAAAUGGUGGCCGCACGAUCCUGUGCCUGAAUCACAAGUAACAGACCCUUACCGAGUGAAAGUCAACAGAGGCCAGGUAUAUUGGUGGUGCUCAUGUGGAAAGUCACAAACUCAACCAUGGUGCGACGGAUCACAUAAAGGAACACAAUUCAAACCCGUUAUAUACGUCCCACAUUUCAGUGGUAAAAAACUAUUAUGUGGAUGCAAAUACUCACAAAAAAGACCCUUGUGCGAUGGAUCACAUUACUGGGUUAAGGCGCACAAGAGCUUGCCAAAGGCAGCCGCUACUGCAUUCGGACUGUGCUUUUCUGUAGGCAUGUUCACCGCUUGGGCAUUCCACCCUUGAUAAACAUGAGUAGAUAUUGCUCACAACGUGC